AUGGAUGGGCUUUCCGGUGCUGCAAGCGUCAUUGCCGUGGUUUCCCUCGCAAUACAGAUUGCCAGUGGUCUUAAUACCCUCAAGUCAUUCUGGGGCUCUAUGAAAUCAGCCCAUAGCGACGUAAAGUCCAUCAUCGAAGACAUUCAACUACUGCUCGACAUUAUCGAACUUAUCCGCAGCAAUAGCGAGAAAUACGGAUCGGACGGGACUACAGAGUCAGCUCUCCGAAGCUGUCAGGAUCGAAUUGAGGUUCUUAACAAACUAGCUCAAGAUAUAGAACUCGGAUGCCGAUCUACCAACAAGCGCAAGAGACUAUGGACCCCUUUCAAAGCUGCGUUGAAACUCAAAGACAUCCAAAAAUUCCAGGAUACACUUCACGACACGAAGUUGACUCUGGUUCUUGCGAGACAGACGUCAUCUUUCGCAAUCACCCAACAUAGCUUGAACGCUAUCCAGACAGGUGUGCAGGGUCUCGGGCUGAAACGUACAGUGAAACAAUAUAUAUCGACCAUACCUUUCGAGAGGGAUUUGAAAUUCGUUCCACGUGUAACUGCUAUGACCAGAUUGCAGAUGUUAAUUACAAAUCAAAAGAAAGCUGGCCUUGCUGGUAUGGGCGGAGUUGGAAAGUCUCAAUUAGCCAUUGAAUUAUGCUACGACUUGAAAGAACGAGAUCCAGCACAACAUAUUAUAUGGAUAUAUGCCAGCACUGCGGCCCGUAUUGAGCAGGCAUACAUGUCAAUCGCAAAAAACAUGCAGCUUCCUGGCUGGGAUGAUCCGGCAUGCGAUACGAUGAAACUCGUAUGCGAGUGGCUCAAUGAUGAGAGCAAUGGGAAGUGGCUGCUAGUUUUGGAUAGCGCAGAUGAUCUAGACGUUUUCUUCGCGACAACUCCACGCAGCCAAACUGUAGGAAAACAAGGAAAUCUAGCCAGAUAUAUACCUAACGGCUCCCACGGCUCCCUGGUCGUCACAUCGAGAGACAGAAGAGUGUGUCAGAGAAUGUUGGGAAAUGAUUCUGUCAUCGAGAUCGGGCCAAUGACAGAGUCGGAAUCAACUCAAUUUCUCGCAUCUAUACUUCCGAGCCCACAGAACUCACUUACAGAUGAGAUUCAUGCUCUAGCCACGACAUUAGACAAUAUUCCACUUGCUAUGUCCCAAGCUGCAGCAUUUAUAUCAGAGAACAGACUGGAAAUAACAGAAUAUCACCAGCUAUUAAUUCCUGAUGAGUUUGGGCCGCUAGAUGUGCUUGAUGAGGACUUGAGCGAACGGCGAAGAGACAGUACAGCACACAGCUCGAUAUUCCAAACAUGGAAGAUCUCUUUCGAUUUCAUUUCAAACAGCCAGCCCCGCGCUAGCAAAUUGUUAGCAUUGAUGGCUAUGCUUGACCGGCAGGAUAUUCCAAAACUACUUCUGCAAGACGACGACGAGAAACCAUUAGUGUUCCACAAAGCCUUGGGGACAUUGCAAGCAUUUGCAUUGGUGGCGCAACAGCAAAGAACGCAAAGCUUCAGCAUGCAUAGGCUAGUCCAACUGGCUACACUCCGCUGGCUGCAUACUAAGGGGGAGCAACGGCACUAUAAGACCACCGCCUUGACUCGUCUAGCACAGAGAUUUCCCAAAGGACUGUACGAGACUCAAGAAUAUUGUGCCGCAUUGGCCUCACAUGCACGUCUCGUAUUGUCAUAUGAAGACGUAGCGGACUCAAACAAGCUCGAUUCGGCGAUGUUACUACAGAAUCUAGCGUCGUUCGAGAUCAUGCAAGGAAGACUCUACGAGGCUCGCAAUUACCAGAAAAGGUGCAUCUCUAUCAGGGAAACACUACUCGGAAUAUCCCACAUCAGUACUUUGGAAUGUAUGCGUGACCUUGCAUGUAACUUGAGGGACAUAGCAGAGUUCAAAGAGGCCGAGAACCUUCAUCGAAGAAGCUUGCUUAUCUUGGAAUCUUCCGGUCCAGCAUAUAAUUCCGCGUUGCUGGCGACGAAGAGCGAUCUUGCAGAUCUUCUAUGGAGUUUGGGAAAGUAUGAAGAAGCCGAGACACUAUCUCGAGAGGCGGUCGCUGGCCGGGCUGAUUUGCUUGGGACGAAUCAUGCAGAUACAAUCACGAGCAUGGGUGUGCUAUCACUGAUUCUAUGUGCACUUGCCAAAAAAGGGGAAGGAAUCGGGAACUCGGAGACCCACGAGCUCAGCCAUACUCAUAAGGCAAGAUAUAGUGAGUCUGCCAGUUUAGCAAGAGAUGUAUUCGAAAAGAGGAAGGAGAUUCUAGGCCCCAAUCACCCACAAACAUUGGUGAGCAUGAACAAUCUCUCCUGGGUCCUACGGAAUAAAGGCGAUUUUGUUGAGUCAGAGCUACUUGCACGUGAAGCUUUGGAAAGAAAAGAGAAGGAAUUAGGGAAAGAUCAUCACGACACGCUAAAUUGUAAAUAUUGUCUUGCUGUUGUACUUGGGUGUCAAGGUCGGCAUGAGGAGGCAGAGCAAAUAUAUAGGGAGCAUCUUGAAGCAGUGGUGAGAGUUCUUGGUAAGGGACAUCCGAACACCAUGAGGAGCAUGCGAGGUCUUGGAAAAGCAUUGGAAUCUCAGGGAAAGGUCAACCAGGCGCUUGAGAUUUAUCGCGAGGCUUAUAAUGGCCUUCUGGGCACAUUGGGGCCAGACCAUAUUUCCACCAUGGAAAGCAAAGCACUGUUCGAAAGGUUGUCUGACUAUACAGCGCAAGAUAACAAGUACAUAUCUGUCCCAAUCAGUUCUAAUACAUGA